AUGUCUAUGAGAUCCAAGGCUCUUCAUACUCUCCAGCCUAUCAAAUCAUUGCCUCCUGGUUUCAAGGUUAAUGGUAAUCUUGGCCGUGAUGGAAUGGAAAGCCGGGGAGACUCUAAAUUGAGGAGUAGUGGUUUGGUUCCGUCAAGUAGUCCCGAAAGUAAUGCAAUUACUGAAGAAGCUGAAGAUCGUACCAGUGGCAUGGGUCUUUUCAAUGAGGACCUAGCAUAUAGUGGAAAAGUUGCAGAUGAAGACUUGGAAUCUGUUCCUCUUCCCUUCCAAUCAGUUUCAGCAUCCUCUAGGGAAUCAAGGUGGAGUGAUACAACACCUUAUGUUUCAAAGAAGAAACUUCAGUCUUGGUUUCAACUUUCAAAUGGGAAUUGGGAGCUGGCAAAAAUAAUAACAAAUUCUGGAAUAGAAUUAGUUAUUUCAUUGCCUGAUGGGAAGGUUUUAAAAGUGAAACAAGACAGUUUGGUACCAGCAAAUCCUGAUAUUCUUGAUGGAGUGGAUGACCUCAUGCAACUUAGUUAUUUAAACGAGCCUUCAGUUUUAUAUGAUCUACAAUAUAGAUACAAUCAAAAUAUGAUUUAUACAAAAGCGGGGCCUGUUUUGGUCGCUAUAAAUCCUUUCAAGAAAGUUCCUCUGUACGGUAACAAUUAUAUUGAAGCCUACCGGCGUAAGACAACUGAAAGCCCACAUGUAUAUGCAAUUACAGACACAGCAAUUCGAGAAAUGAUACGAGAUGAAGUUAAUCAGUCUAUAAUCAUCAGUGGUGAGAGUGGAGCUGGGAAGACCGAGACAGCUAAGAUAGCAAUGCAGUACUUGGCUGCUCUUGGAGGUGGGAGUGGAAUAGAGCAUGAGAUAUUGAAGACUAAUCCAAUACUAGAAGCCUUUGGUAAUGCUAAAACUUUGAGAAAUGACAACUCAAGUCGUUUUGGAAAGCUCAUUGAGAUUCACUUCAGUGAAACUGGAAAAAUUUCUGGUGCUAAUAUUCAAACAUGUAGGUUUUCUGCUGUUUAUUGGUUGAAACUUGAAACUAGUGUGCCUUUUUCCCUCUAA